AGCGGAUAGUGUUUUUUGUUUUCACGUUCACGAUUUCAAGGAUUUCUCUGCUUGACGGAAAAUCAUAGUCUUGCGCUGUUUAAGACUCCUCCUUCUCGUCCUCUUCUUCCUUCCUUUACCACAUGAUCCCUGGAUUCUCCACUACACCCAAGCAAUGGCAACCCGACGAACUCCCGCUGUGUUCUUGCGUUGUGCGGCACGACCGCCCGCACUUCUUCGACACCCCCGAUUAACGCCUCGGCUAUCGAGUUCUCCAAUCCGACAACAGACCGCCCAGUCCUGCUCAAUUCGAUCGUUACAUACCUCUACAUGCCGGCCGAACAUGGCCCUCCUCAACGGCGAGAGGGAGUCCGACGAGGUCGACGUUGUCAUCGUCGGUGGUGGACCUUCUGGUCUCGCCGCCGCCAUCCGGCUGAAGCAGAUGGCCAAUGAGGCUGGCAAUGAAGAUUUCCGUGUGGUUCUCCUCGAGAAGGCCGGCGACAUGGGCGCCCACAUCCUUUCCGGCGCAGUGAUUGAGCCCUCGGCGCUGAACGAGCUCAUUCCCGACUGGAACUCGCCAGAAAACCCCUCGCGCUUUGACUCGGUCACCGAAGUAACCUCGGAUCGCAUGCGGUUUCUCACGGGCAAGUCCGCGAUCCCCAUACCCGGCCCCCCGCAGAUGCAGAACCACGGAAACUACAUCAUUUCCUUGAACGAGCUCGUCAAGUGGAUGGCCGAGAGGGCGGAGGAACUGGGCGUCGAGAUCUACCCUGGCUUUGCUGCAUCUGAGAUUCUUUACACGCCCGGCGUUGGGGCAGUUAAGGGAGUAGCCACGAAUGACCUUGGAAUCGGGAGGGACGGCAAGCCAAAGCCCUCGUUCGAGAGGGGAAUGGAGUUCCACGCUCGUGUCACACUCUUCGCCGAGGGAUGUCACGGAAGUCUUACAAAACAACUGAUCAAGAAAUUCGACUUACGGAAAGACGCUCAGCCACAGACUUACGGACUUGGCCUAAAGGAAGUGUGGGAGAUCAAGCCAGAGAACUUUGUCAAGGGCCAGGUCAGCCACACAUUGGGAUGGCCCCUGCCAACCAACACAUAUGGUGGAAGUUGGAUGUAUCACUUUGGCGAGAACAAGGUGUCUCUUGGACUCGUGGUUGGUUUGGACUACCCAAAUCCUUGGCUCUCUCCAUACGGCGAAUUCCAGAGAAUGAAGCACCACCCGUUCUUCGCCAAGGUCCUCGAAGGCGGAAAGCGUAUUGCGUACGGUGCUAGGGCUCUGAACGAGGGUGGUUUCCAGUCGGUCCCCAAAGUUGCAUUCCCCGGAGGUGCUCUCAUCGGUGACACUGCCGGUUUCCUCAACGUUCCCAAGAUCAAGGGAAUACACACCUCCAUGAAGUCGGGCAUGUUGGCGGCUGAGUCUACGUUCAAGGCUCUCAGCAACAGCACUCACAACGGAGUGGUGAUGCUAUACAACUACGAGGAAUCACUCCGGACCAGCAGCAUUAUGAAAGAACUCAAGCAGGUCCGUAACAUGCGCCCCAGUUUCCACAAUCCUUUGGGACUCUUCGGUGGUAUCCUAUACUCGGGGCUGGAGGCGUAUGUCCUCAAGGGGCAUGUUCCAUGGACACUGAGCCACAAGGUGAUGGACCACGAGGCCACCAAGACCGUCGACCAGGUCAAGAAGAUCGAAUACCCCAAGCCCGACGGAGUAUUAAGCUUCGACAUUCUCACCAGUGUCAAUCUUACCGGUACCAACCACGAGGAGGACCAACCGGUGCACUUGCGGGUUGCCGAUUGGGACAAGCACACCGAGAAGGAAUGGCCCCGGUUCAAGGGUGUCGAGAACCGGUUCUGUCCUGCUGGCGUGUACGAGUACGUCGAGGACUCCACGAAACCACAAGGAGUGAGAUUCCAGAUCAAUGCGCAGAACUGCAUUCACUGCAAGACGUGCGAUAUCAAGGCACCUUCACAGGAUAUCAACUGGACCACACCACAGGGUGGUGAGGGACCGAAAUACUCCAUGACCUAAGUUCUCGGCGUGCUGAUACGAAGAGCGGUGGUCCGGAUUAAUGGGGUUGGGUUGUCUUGUUUUUGGAUUUGUUUUCGGUUAUAGCGAGUUAAUUUGGGCGCAAACGGGUUUGUUGACAUGCUUCUUAUAUGUAUGGGCUUUUCUUUGAUGGACCUGUAUCAUAUGUGCUCUAUCAUCAAGAGAUGUGUGGUGGAAUGCUGGGGAAUUUCCGAUUAUUUAAAGCUUGAAUCGGUGCUUGAAAACCUUUGACUAGAGUAGUGAGCGCCUCCUCAUAGCUUGCAGAGCCGCCGGGUAAAUGCAC